UUUUGAAAGCACCGGAACCCGUUGGCGUGCGUCUUUCCACUCUCCUGUGGAUGUGAGACGGCGGUCUCGGGGCGAAAAAACAUCGCCAGAAAAGCGACCGACAAGGAGGGGGGAGAGAUUAAAAAAAAAAAUACAUCGUUUCCCAUGUUUCUCCACAGAGCCUCAAUGACCCGCCGGCGGAGUGACGCGUCGCGUCGCUGACAGGUGAAGCGGCGGAUUUCACUUGCUCGACUUGGGGGGAUAAAGUUGUGAAACUGCGGGGGUGAAACCGGAGCGCGCCGCCGAGUGAGAGUGGGGUGAGGAGGCUGGAUUUGGCAAAAAAAAAAAAGUUGGGAGUCCUGCCCUGCUCGCCGCUAGCGGGCUAGUCCGGUUAGCACGCUCGCGCGCCGCGAGCCCUCGGAACCGCUAACGAGAGCUUCGCUCCGCUGUUCUCCGGCCUCCAGUGGAGCUGCUAUAUCUGUAUCAAGACCGCUGCUGACACUACAGCCCCCCAUCCCGAAAAAAAAAAGGAUCCCGGCACUUCUCCUAAAGGCGAUCGCACUUUCAGCUGUUUGAUAGAACCUCUGUCGCUCCCUGACACAGUAGGCCGUCUGGACAUGGUGCCCUGGUAGGUACUUCCAGGGGCUCGAGGUACCCAGACCCCCACCGAUCCGUGCCGCCCCGCGCAGACACACCCGCCCGCAAUAAAUCCAGCCGCCCUACACCCUUUAAACUGGGGUCGGGUGCAUCGGGUGCUUCGGUGAGGUGCGACUGCCGAUGCCGCCUCGCGGGGGGCUCGAGUGGGCGUGACCCGGCUUCAUUCAUGAACCCUCCGCCUGGGUGCGGCCCGGAUGCUGAACGCCCGCCGUGUGUUGGAUCAGCCGUUGCUGUGAUGAGGCAGGUCUCCUGGCGGCCUGUGCGGCUGGCUGAGCAGUGGCCCAGGCUGAUGUGAUGGGGUGCAGGAACAGCAAGGUCCUCCCGGAGCCUCCAGGGGACGUUCAGUUGGACCUGGUCAAAAAGGUUGAUCCUCCUCAGACGGAUAUCUAUAAGCACUUCAUACGGGGCGACGGCACUAGGAGCAAGACGGGCGGGGCCUCCCCGUUUCAGGCGCAGGCCCAAGCCGCCGCUUCCGCCCAGCCCCCAAAGGACCCGUCCGAUCCGUCGGACCCUCAGCGGAAGAAGGUGGCGAAAUAUCGAGCCAAGUUUGACCCCCGGGUCACCGCCAAGUACGACAUCAAAGCGCUGAUCGGCCGCGGCAGCUUCAGCCGGGUGGUCCGCGUGGAGCACAAGAGCACGCGGCAGCCGUACGCCAUCAAGAUGAUCGAGACCCGCUACCGGGAGGGGAGGGAGGUUUGCGAGUCGGAGCUGUGCGUCCUGCGCCGCGUGCGUCACACCAACAUAAUCCAGCUGAUGGAGGUGUUCGAGACGGCCGAGCGCGUCUACAUGGUGAUGGAGCUGGCCACCGGCGGGGAGCUCUUCGACCGCAUCAUCGCCCGCGGCUCCUUCACCGAGCGGGACGCCACGCGCGUGCUGCAGAUGGUGCUGGACGGCGUCAAGUACCUGCACACCCUGGGCAUCACCCACCGGGACCUGAAGCCGGAGAACCUGCUCUACUACCACCCCGGGUCCGACUCCAAGAUCAUCAUCACCGACUUCGGCCUGGCCAGCAGCAGGAAGAAGGGGGACGAGUGUCUGAUGAAGACCACCUGCGGCACGCCGGAGUACAUCGCCCCCGAGAUCCUGGUGAGGAAGCCCUACACCAACGCCGUGGACAUGUGGGCGCUGGGGGUGAUCUCGUACAUCCUGCUGAGCGGAACCAUGCCCUUUGAGGACGACAACCGCAUGAGGCUCUACCGGCAGAUCCUCAAGGGGAAGUACAGCUUCUCGGGAGAGCCGUGGCCCAGCGUGUCCAACCUGGCCAAGGACUUCGUGGAGCGGAUUCUGACGGUGGACCCCAGCGAGCGGCUCACGGCGGGCCAGGCCAUCAAGCACCCGUGGGUGGUCAGCAUGGCCGCGUCCUCGUCCAUGAAGAACCUGCAGCGCUGCAUCUCCCAGAACCUGCUGAAGCGGGCGUCCUCGCGCUGCCACAGCACCAAGUCGGCGCAGUCCACCCGCUCCAGCCGCUCCACCAAGUCCAACAAGGCGCGCCGGGUGCGAGAGAAGGAGCUGCGCGAGCUCAACCGCCGCUACCAGCAGCAAUACAACGGCUGAGGGGGGGGGCAGACUUUUCCAAGAGCUUCCUGCGUGCCCAUGGUGACAUCAUCUCUCCAACCAUUCCUUCACCUGGUUUUAUACCAUUUUCCCCGGCAGGGUGGAGCCACCUCCACUGCUCCUUUUUUUUUUUCCUUUUGUUCCCUUCCGAUCGCUGUGUCUCCCCAUAUUUAUUUAUUAUCGUCGACGCGAUUAUUAGUCUCUAUUCAAACGGUCACUGGAUAAUGGCCUUCCACGAGGAUCUGUUGAACAGAGUUCUGGGUACUGGAGUUUCUCGAAGAACAAAGGGAUACUUUUAGAAGUAGGGCUGCCCGCCCGCGUUCAUUCCUGAUUUGGAAAUUGCUGUGAAUUAAUUAUUGUACAGAUUGCACGGACCACGUCUGCUGCAAGCACACUGCAACAGACUCGCACCCUUGAAGGUCAUUCUUGUCCUCCUUUUUUAAAAAAAAUUUUUAUUUAGUCAACUCCCAAGCUUAUCUCAUGUUUCCAUUAUAGCUCAUGUAUUUUCUUUUUCUGAAGCUGUCCAAAGAUUGUGAAGCUGCUUUGCGUUUAGAUCUUCUUUGUUCUGGACAUCGGGCCGCGUCUACUCGGUCAUGAACGUCCUGCUGUGAUCCCUCCGCCUCGUUUCUGGGAACGCGCUCACCGGUUCGGGGUCCCGCGCGUUCCACCUACUUCAGCGCACGUCGCGUCGAGUCGCACCAGCGCUUUGCAGGUUCAAACAACUAACUAGUUAAUAAUAACUAACCUAGUGACGGCACAAACACGGGUUUCUACCUGACUUCAUCACAGCUACAACUGCUCCACAGUCACCCCCACCCGCUGAGCAUGGACGAGCUCAAAUAGGCUUUAAAUGACAUUUCAGAAAACACUUUAGUAUCCAUCAAAUGACCAAAUCUUAAAAGGAAAUCUCAGGUGACGUAACGCCUGCCAUCGUCAACAAAAACAACCAACCGAAACACGUUUUAAGUUUUCCUUGAAGCUUAAGGAGCGGACGGUCCGUCAGCCAGAGCUGGGAUCCUCUCCGCGCCGCGUUUUUGAAACGUCGCUCGUCCUCGCAGCGGCUCCCCGAGUUCCCCACUGAUUGUAGAACAGAAGCGCCUUCCUAGAUGAAGUUUACCACCAUCACGGCCGACAUGAAGGAAACCACGGAAGAUGAUGAGCGUGGAGAGGUGACUCAAAAGGCCGUUAUUGGUUUUAGUUCAUUUUAGAUUGUGAAUUCUAAAACCUAGAGCUCGCAGUCUGUUUCUUCGUGCACUUACGCGUCCUUGCCUAUCAAGGUUACUUUCAAUAAAAAAGAAAUGGGACUGGUUGAGUGAUUUGUGUUUCUUAAUAUGAAGGUAUAGUUUGGAGGGCUGCGUUACAAUAAAGCUUCUGAACUUAUUAAACCGUUCAAGUCAAAUGAUUAAUGAAUGCCACUUCCUGUUGGGUUGUGAUAGAAAUGAUUCAUCCUCAACUCAGUCAAAAUGUGAUAUUUGAUUAUUGAAUAACUCCCCAAAGAAGCAUUACUUUUUCUUAGAAAUAGCUGAGUGUUUUUCAUUUGACUAAUUGUAUCUGGCAAAGCACUUAACCUAUACAUUUACAUAGAAUUGUGUUUUGAAAUGGCAUCCUUCUUGCGUCGCCGUGUCCCACAAAAAGCCCUUUGCUGCAGUGGGGUCUUCUCUUCUUUACUUGAGUAUUUUGCUGUGAUCUACCCCAGACUUAUAAGAUGUGUCGCUGUUGUGAAGUCUUUUUUUUUUUAUUUGUAUUUUUACACGUACUGGAAACUUAACCGAGCCAUGUCAGCUGACCUCAGUUUCUUCCUUUGUUUGUCUUGUGUCCUUUUUUCUAGUUUCAGGAUGCUCACGACGUCAUCUUCCUCUUUCCUGUGAUGGAAGUCCGAUUUGACACUGCUGUUACCGGGCGCGACUCAAUUGUUCAUAGAAGGCUGAUAAUGAGGCCGACGUUAAAACUGGUGUUCUCUCAUAAUGUUAUUGAGGAAGACCCACCGAAAUGUUGUUUUGACAUCAGACACACAGUGAAGUUGUUUUCUUCACAGGGACGACGGCCGUGGUCGUCUUUAAAAGACUCCUAGAGCAUCUGUUUGAAAUGAAACGCAUUUAGCUCGUUCUUAAAUAUCGGCUUAAAAGAGCGACGGUCAAUGAGUAACCAAACUGGUUCAUGAGCAGCUUCUCAGCAAGACGGUACAUUUGUUAAAAAAAAACAAAAAAAAGUGUUCCUUUUGCUUUUAAAAAAAAAAAAUCUGUGAUUUCAUGUAAACAGUCGUCCUCAAUGAAGUUGCAAACUCAUCACUGUUACCUGAAAACAGUUUUUUGUGUUUUUUUUUUUUUUGUUAUUGUGUCUCAAUGAAUGAUAACACUUUGAUUCCUCUACCAUUAACUUUUUUUUAAACAUUUUUAAACGGUGAGUUGUACGUGCCAAUAAAACACUCAAACCUGA